UCCCAUUCUGCUCUGUGGGCGUGGUGUGAAUUUGGAAAACAAACUGCAGGCACCCAAUGAUACUUCCUCACCCAGAUGAGUUUCCCCGCGGCUCCUUGUCAGCUGGUCGUGCGUAAUUCCCCAAGAAACGACUUGCGCCUUUCUUUCCACCAGCUGGGGUUUUGCGCGCUGGUUGUUGCGCACAGUAAGAGAGAGAAAGGCAGCAGCUCCGACCAGCGCUACUUUGAUUUUUAUCUGAUGGGGGGAGUAGACUGCACCAGUGAGAGCCGAACGCCAACAGCACUUUGAACGGGCAAACCUUCGUCAUGUACUAGAGACAGACGACAGUUGAAGCGCAAGAGGAAACCGCAAGACACUGACAAACAUGAGCGGAGGAGAAAUCAUUUUCCAAGGCUGGCUGAGAAAGUCACCGCCGGAGAAAAAGCUGAGAAGAUAUGCAUGGAAGAAACGUUGGUUUGUACUUCGCAGUGGUCGCAUGAGCGGUGACCCUAAUGUUCUAGAGUACUACAAGAACGACCACUCCAAGAAACCCAUCCGAGUCAUCGACCUGCACUUCUGUGAGCAGGUGGAUGCUGGCCUCACCUUUAAGAGGAGGGAAUUCCAGGACAGCUUUGUGUUUGACAUCAAGACGUCAGACCGCACCUUUUAUCUUGUAGCUGAAACCGAAGAAGAGAUGAACAAGUGGGUUCGCUCCAUCUGCCAGCUGUGUGGGUUCAACCAGUCUGACGACAACCACGGUAGGAAGUCCUCGGAUGUCACCGGCUCCAUGGCUCCUCUGACUGGAGAACGCAAGUCUUCUGCCCCCAUCCACUCGAGCCAGCCUGUCCUCUUCACCUUUGAUGUGCCUGUGCGCCACACGCACCAUAGUUCCCUGUCCAACAGUGCACCCCAGGACUACCUCCUUCUCCACCAGUGCAUGAGCAGGAAGACAGAGAGUGCACGGAGUGCCAGUUUCUCUCAGGCCACACGAAGCAGUGUGUUUGUGGGGAGUGACUCUGCAGUGCAGAAGCUCUCCCAUGGCUUCUCCCACUGUCUAAAUGGCAUGGGUGCUCAGUUGCAUGGCUUCUACAGCCUACCCAAGCCAGGUAAACAGCAGUUACCCGUGCAUGAUGACUCGCCGCCGGAGGCCUGUUACGUGCUUCCGCGGGGAUACAGCUCGGAGGCACCGACUCACAGUGGGCUAGGUGAGCCUGAGCUGGAGAACGAGGAGGUUUAUACCUUCAAUACGCCCUGUAACACCCUCGCUGCCAUGCACAGCAAUGAGCGUCCACCUGACAAUUAUGAUCUUCCUACGCCACCUGGCUCCUUCUAUCAAAUCCCCCGGACGUUUGAUAAGAAUCACAAUGCCUUAACACCCCCCAGCUCUGAGUCCUCCAGUGCUCCUCCACCCAGACCCCCUAAACCUAGCCAUGGGUCAGAGGGCACUUGGGGGAGUCCCCACUCAUUAGGGAGCCAGAACGGAGAGAUGGUGUCUGCAGUGUCGGUCAUCCCACGUAGGAAUACUCUCCCUGCUGUCGAGAACAUCAGGAUGCACAGAGGCUCCUCUUUUGAAACUAACAGUCAUCACCAUCCCAUUCAUUUCAACAACUCGGGCCAGUCUGUGGAGUCUGUCAAUGAUGGGUUCAGCUCCUACCUGAGAACCAAACCCCCUCUGACUCGCUCAGACAGCGGCAACUCAGAUGACAACUAUGUGCCCAUGAAUCCUGGUUCCUCGCCACUCAGCACUGCCCAGGCUGACAGUCCUAAGAAUAUCUACAUCCCUAUGAGCCCUGGGCCACAUCACUUUGAUUUCCCAGGAUUCUCUGCAACUUUACCUGCCCGUAAGGGAAGCAGCGCCUCUCUGUGUCACAGGCCCAGCCGUCUCAGUGAUGUUACACCACCACCCAUCAACCGCAACCUCAAACCCAACAGAAAAUCAAAGCCAACACCUCUUGAUUUGAAGAACAAUGGGAUCAUUGAUGAGCUGCCAUUUAAGAGCCCAGUCACAAUGUCCUGGACACGGCCCAUGUCUGCUAUGAACUCUAUGUCCUCCCAGCAUUGUCGACCCAUCUCUACACAGAGCAUCACCAGCACUGACUCUGCAGACAGUGAGGAGAAUUAUGUGGCUAUGCAGAACCCAGCGUCUACCUCCCCAGCUGUGAGUGGCACCAGCAGUCCAGCCCCUAGGAAGUGUGGCGAUGUGGACUACCUAGCACUGGACUUCCAGUCUGGGUCACCCAGCCCACACAGAAAACCCUCCACGUCCUCUGUGACCUCUGAUGAGAAGGUGGACUAUGUGCAAGUCGACAGAGAGAAGACCCAGGCACUGCAAAGCACCAUGCAGGAGUGGACCGAUGUUCGGCAGUCUACGGAGCCUGCUAAGGGGGUCAAGUCCUGACACGGAGCUGUCAAAAAAUUUGACAAAAAAAACUAAAAAUUCAAAUCUUAAGUCAAGCAUCGCCGGUAUCAUGUGUCUGGCAUUACUAUGAAUACUGGUCCAGCUUGUUUAAGACUGAAUGUUUGGACAAAGAGCCAUGACCUGUCCUAUGCCUAUUCUCUGUUACGAUUAUUACUGUAGUGCACUCCUAACAUGCAGGAUGUCAGGUCAUAUAGGUGAAGCACCCUGCCAAAGCUCUUCAUGCAGACUGUUAGAACAGUGUAUGGACAAUUGUUAAUGUGUAUAAAAAUAUCACAUCAAUCCAUCCUUUAUAAAAUGCUAAAAUGCAAGUAUUUCAUCGAGGCUAUCUCAUCCACAGCCUCUGCACCAGUCAUAUAUUUUUUUGCAUCUAGUAGGUAAUUUACCCAACGUCUGUAUUUAAAAUAGUACGAGAGGCUAACUGGUCGAUAACCAUAUUAAUAUACGGUA